GUCCCCCAACAUCCGGGUACCGGCACUAGCCGCCCAGACUCUGGCACUAUGGUCAUGGCGGAGGGGACUGCAGUGCUGAGGAGGAACAGGCCCGGCACGAAGGCUCAGGAUUUCUAUAAUUGGCCUGAUGAAUCCUUUGAUGAAAUGGACAGCACAUUAGCUGUUCAGCAGUAUAUUCAACAGAACAUAAGGGCAGACUGUUCCAAUAUUGACAAAAUUCUUGAACCACCUGAAGGCCAAGAUGAAGGUGUAUGGAAGUAUGAACAUUUAAGGCAGUUCUGCCUAGAGCUAAAUGGACUUGCUGUCAAACUUCAGAGUGAAUGCCAUCCAGAUACUUGUACUCAGAUGACAGCAACUGAACAAUGGAUUUUUCUUUGUGCAGCUCAUAAAACUCCAAAAGAGUGUCCUGCUAUAGACUACACUAGGCACACGCUUGAUGGUGCUGCAUGUCUUCUGAAUAGCAAUAAAUAUUUCCCUAGCAGAGUUAGCAUAAAGGAGUCAUCUGUAGCCAAACUAGGAUCAGUAUGCCGUAGGAUUUACAGAAUAUUUUCACAUGCUUAUUUUCAUCAUCGGCAAAUAUUUGACGAAUAUGAAAAUGAAACAUUUUUGUGUCACCGAUUUACUAAAUUUGUGAUGAAAUAUAAUUUGAUGUCUAAGGAUAACCUGAUUGUACCAAUUUUGGAAGAGGAAGUGCAGAAUUCAGUGUCUGGGGAAAGUGAAGCAUGAUGGGAAUCAUACAUAAAAAUGUACUGAACACAUAAUUAACAUUAAUUAUGUACUGUAUAUAUCAUUUUAGACACUUCAAUCAUGUAUCCAUAUUAUGGCUUCUUUGUUUAGUAUAGUUUUGUAUGCUGUGUGUUGCCUUUUAAAAUGGGAAAGACUUUUAAGUUAUUCAUGAGCUGUAUAUUCACCAGUGUGGCACUCAUGGUUUUUAAAAUAAGAUUAGUAUUAUCUGUUUAUAAUGCCUGUUAAUAAAAAGAAUUUACAAUUCUGUAAAAUUGCUGCUAAACAAUCGUUGAAUCACAAUCCUCAUCAAACAAAUCUAUCAAAAAAAAGAUGAGUGAGCUUUAGGUUUCACAUAAACCAUUACUAAUGAAAUUGCAAUAUUUCCCCUUAGAUUUGUGUCCUAAAUUUAGAAUAUUCUAGGAAAUUCCACAUAACACAGUGCAGACUACACUGUAGCUCUUUUUUUAAAAGCAGUUUCCAUGGUCUCCUUAUGAAUUUUGGCACACAUCUAUGAAGAUUAUGUGUAUAUCCAAAUGUAAAAGCAAGUGCAGUGUUAUUAAUGCUAAAAUAUUAAUCUUAUUCUACUACACAAAGUAUAUUCUGGGCCAGCAUACUUGAAAGCUCUAUGUUUUUCUGGAUUUACCUUUCUGUAAUAGUGGACUAUAAGAAGUUUUGCAUACAUCAUGGUAAUGAUGCUAAGGCAAAUAAAUGCUUCUCCCAGUGAAACCCCUUUCUUUCCUACCUCUUUCCCUCAAUCCCCUCACCAAAAAAAAACAACAGAACAACUCUGGCCAGGCUACCAUGAGUUAUUAGUAUAAAGGCUUAUGCUUAUAUAUAUCUGUAUUAAUUGCCUACAGAUUAUACCUCAUACUAACAUUCAUAUUACACUACAGGAAAAAUAUACUGGCAUAGUUUUUCAUUUCUUUUGUUGGUGGAAUUAUUCUAAUGAAAUAUUUGGAAAACUUAGUCUUUAAAUUAGUUUGGAUAUUUCUAUUAGUAAUAUUAAUCUCUUUGUUCAUCUAGAUGAUAUUUAGAUAGAGAUAGAAAAAUAAUAUUGCAUUCUCCUCCCCCUUCCAAAAAAAAGCUUUUAUUUGAAUUGUGUGUGCAUGUGAGAUUAUUUGCAAUAAUUCACAAGAUCCAUGAGUGCUACAGAGUGUUGCACUGGUUGGACCUCUUUAAAAUGAAAUGUCUUAAGGAUAGAACUUCAGAUCUGAUAAUAUGAGUGAUGUAACUGAAUGCAGUCUUUUAAAAAGCACUUGCCUUUUUAUCGUAUUGUAUAGAGGUUUUAAAAUAUAAGGCUUAAGAGAGUGUACAAACAGUGAAGAAAAUAUCUAAAGACAGGCUUUUGGGCAGUUUUAAGUGCCCAGAAAAGAAAAAUAUUUUUUAAUGUAGACAUUAGGGUUGUUUGGAAAUAAAAGCGAAAUGCAUUCAUUUUUGUAUCACCAUUUCUUCCCAACUUUAGGCUAAACUUUAUAUGAUAUUGUUAUAAAAUGUACAAUGAGGAAAUGUGGGAUAGUAUAAGGUAUAGAGAGUGUUUAUGUAGAGAUUUUUCCUUUUAAAAUCUGCCUUUUGUUCAGAUGUACUUGACUGACAGUAGUAUGUUCUAGUAGUCAUUUUUCUAUGAAAAUAUUUUGCUCCACCUGUAGUUCUAUCUUUAAGGAUAUCUUAUUAUAUAUGUGAUAAAAAGAAUAUUCUCUUUGAAAUUUUACAUUUGUUUUAGUCUCACAAACCAACUGAAGUAGUAAAGUAGCUAAAUUUGGGGGGAAGAAGUGCACUUCUAGUUAAUAAAUGUAGUGUAGCUUAAGAGACAUCCUAAUGAAUUUCUGUGGCUUGAGUCAUCACUUGGUGACAGUUUUGAACUAAGGCAGUGGUGAAGAGAGAUGACCUAAUAACAUGUUUACUUAAUAUUUUCAGUAGUAUAGCUCACCGCACUGGGGAAAUAUCUAAGGCUUUUUUUCCAUUUAUUCCAUCUCUCAUAUACUGUAUGUUUGGAGUUGAUCCUAAAAAAAAAAAACCAGGUCCAAACAAAAUUCUGAAACAGUUUGUCUUGCUUUUUUUGUAUUCAUAUUAACAUCUCAUUCAUAUGUGUUGUACUGUGAAGUUGAUUUAUUACACUAUGUAACCUGAGUAUAAAAGACCCAAGUGAAACAGCUCCUAUUUUUUUUUCCUUGAUGUUGUUUACUGGAUUUAUCUAAAACUGUAUGUGUACUUAUGAGGUAGUUACUACAAGAGUUUAAUGAGCCUGGCAAACCAUCGAUUUGUAUAGUAAGUGUUUUAAGAGGAAAAUUUGUGAACUUAAGGCCCUAUGUGAUAGGGAAAUUGGGUUCCACUUUGUCUUUGAAUUAUGUUGUAAAGGUAAAGAGGUUAAAAUUAAAUUUCUCACUUUCCAUACUGGCA